CGGGGGUAUUUAAGGCCACCGCCCCGGGGUUGCCCCGGGUCCGGUGCGAUGGCCGAGGAGGCGAUGGCGGGCUAUCUCUACACCGCCUACCACCCCUACUCCUACCGCUACCCACCGCCCAAGGGCAAAGGAGGGGCCGCGGGCGGCUGGCGGCCGCGGGGCAGCAGCUACUUCUCGGGCUACGGGGAGACGGCCGCGGAGUACUUCGACAACUACCAGCGGGCCCAGCUGAAGGCCAUCCUCUCCCAGGUCAACCCCAACCUGACGCCGCGGCUCCGCAAGGCCAACACCAAGGAGGUGGGCGUCCAGGUGAACCCGCGGCAGGACGCCUCGGUGCAGUGCUCGCUCGGGCCCCGCACGCUGCUGCGCCGCCGCCCCGGCCUCGCCGCGCCGCGGCCCCGUGAGGCGGAGCAGGAGCUGGGCAGCCCCGCCACCACCAGCACCCGUGCCGUGCGCUUCCCCCGCACCAUCGCCGUCUACUCGCCCGUGGCGUCCCGCAGACUCACCGCCUUCCUGGAGGAGCCGGGGCCGGAGCGGCGGCAGCAGCAGCAGGACAAGGCGCCGACCGUCGAGGAGGAGCCGGCGGCGCUGCGGGAGCAGCGGGCGGCGGAGGCGGCUGCCGUGCGGGCGAGCUGGGAGAAGCCCCCUGAGGGUGGCGCCGAGCCGCUGGGACAGCGCCCGGCCGAGCCUCUCGGGCAGCGCCCGGCCGACCCCCCGGAGCCGGCGGCGGAGGCAAGCCAGGAGGAGGCGACAGAGGCAGCCGAGGCAGAGCCGCCGGCCCAGCCGGCAGAGCCGCCCGCCUCACCCCAGAAGCGGCAGACAUCGGCAGGCAAGACCCGCCUGCGCUUCCAGUUCCUGGAGCAGAAGUACGGGUACUACCACUGCAAGGACUGCAAUAUCCGCUGGGAAAGCGCCUACGUCUGGUGCGUCCAGGGCACCAACAAGGUCUAUUUCCGUCAGUUCUGCCGGACUUGCCAGAAGUCCUACAACCCGUACCGCGUGGAGGACAUCACCUGCCAGAGCUGCAAGCAGACGCGGUGCACCUGCCCCGUGAAGAUGCGCCACGUGGAUCCCAAAAGGCCCCACCGCCAGGACCUCUGUGGGAGAUGCAAAGGGAAACGCCUCUCCUGCGAUAGCACAUUCAGUUUCAAAUACAUCAUCUGAAUGGGAUGGGGUUUUUUUUGUUUUUGUUUAGGGCUCUUCAAGAAAACUGCAAGUAGAGCAGAUUUUUUUGGUUUUUGUUGGUACCUUUUGUCGAAGUACUUGGUGAGAAGUAGCUAGGAAAGCAUGAAAAUAAAAGUAUUGCAAGCACACUCAAAUGAUCAGGUGGGUUUCUGCCCAGCUCAGAAGAGUGCAUAUUGAAAAUUCUUUGACUUGCAUAGGUGACAGGCCUGUAAGUGCACUGUAAAUCAGUGAUGGUCUUGGAAGCAACUGACUCAGGACUCUGUAGACUCUCAGAUAGAAAGGGGUUUUGUUACUGCUCCUGCUCUUGAACUAAUCAAAUGCUUGAAGGUAACACCAAAUUGACAUCUGCAGUAGGUAGUAGACCAUCCUUCACUAACCAAAUACCGGUAGUAUUCACUUAUUUUGCACACCUGUAUUCAAUGUACAAAGCAUCCUGCAUCUGCUUUGCAUUGCUAGAAAAUGAUUGAGAAAUGCUGUGUUAGUACUGAAUCACUUCUACUGGUACAGCUGGUCUGCAUUUAGCUAAGUUGGUGUUGGCUGUAGGCAAAAGCCAAAGAAAGCUUUUUGGGGGUGGUUCUCACAAGAUGCUGAGGAAGAAAGUCACUCAUGUUAUGGUGAUGGUCUCUUUGGUAAAAGUGUUGCUCAUCUUACUUGCACAAGGGUUAUGGAGAGAAGGGACAAUUCAGAGGAGCAAGGUACAAUAAUACUGCAUCUGCUUGGCUUCUUUUUCAAUCUGCAGGUGAAGUGCAAGCGCUGUGCACUUAGUGGAUUAUACUUGAAGAGAACACUCCUCUGGGGUUGAGUUUACAGGAGGAAUUGUACUUGAAGUGUUUGGUAGUAAUGGCAGAACCAGCACUGGUUACUUGCAGAUGAUGCUCUCGGUGGUGGUAUCCUCUAUAGGAACUCCAUGUUUCAGACAAGUGUUAUAAGCUGACUCUAUAAUUAAUUUACAGCAUCAUCAUCUGGGUAGAUUCUCAAGCCAGUAAAACCUUCACUGCCCUAGUCUGCCUUUUAGCUAGGGAGCUGGGCAAACACAGAUGAAAACCUAUUUUUCUGAGAAUGCUACUGCCACUGUUAAUUUUUAAGUUGAGCAUAGUCACCAAGCCUUUUGCAGAACUCGAGGUAGCUUCUCUUUCAAAAGAGUGAUUUUUGUAUUUGCUAUAGCAAACUUAUCUAUAUCUAUACCCAGCUUACUUGAGAGACCAGUCUAUUAAAGGCUAAAGUGAGAACCAUGCUCUAGAACAGCUUCAGUGCCAGGUACUCUUGUUUCUUUAAGUGGAAGCUAGUGUGUGGCAGGGUAGGCAAAUGAUAUCCUUUGUAUCAACAUGUCUUGUUUGAGGAGCAGUGAGUGUUAAUUUUGUAUGCUUAACUCAUCUUGCUGUAAAUUCCUGCCUUAUUUCAAUGUGCCCCUUGAACCUGCUGCAGUGGGCUUAAUACCUCAGUGUUGAUUUACUGCCAAGUAAUUUUACUUAUUCUUGCUGGAUUUAUUAUUACAGUGUGAAGCAUUCUGGGAACAAGUAGACCUACUCCCUCCAGAGCAGAGCACAGUUCUAUUUCAUGCUUCUACCUGAAGCGUUUUUCCAUGUAUCACAGUAAAAAUAAAUAUCCCUUGCUUAACCAGCUCACUCAGACUUUCAUGGCAAAUUCCAUCCUUGGCCUGUUCAAUUUGAAAAGCACCCCACAGCUGGGCAGUGUUCUGUUGUAGACGCAUGUGCCUUGUUCUCACCUGUAGUUACUGUGAUGGGCAGUGGCAUGCCUCAAGCUUGAGGAAUGCACCUGGUGCCCUCUCUGAAGCCACCUGGCCCUGCUGCCUCAGUUUGCAGUUGCAGCUGUGAUCUAGUAUGUCUUUAUUUCUGAGCAUAAUCCCCUCCAAGGAUGUUCUUCAGUGUUUUUUCCUGUUUGCCUUCCCCAUUCUAGUGGCUGUAGUCCAUUCCUGAUGCAUGCACUGAGAAACUGACUGUGAUGAGUCUGUGCACCUUGGUAAUGACUCAGAGAACUGAAGCUCUGUGCCAUGUCAGUAUGAAGUCAUGACAAUAUGAGCAGGUGAAUGCUUCCAAUUUAUACAGGUAUCCUCAGAAAACACUGCUUGGAGGAUUACUUGGUGUGAAUAUGGUGACUCUUACAUAUUACCAGCACUAGCCCAAAGUGAAAUCUAGUACAACCUGAAGGCUGUCAUUCCCACUAACUACAGUCAAAGCAGUAGUUUGCUCUGCAUAUUAAGAUGUAGAACAGGCUUAGCUGAUGUGACCUGGGUGUUGUGCUUCGCCAGCAGCCGAUGAAGGCUCUAUGUGGCAGGCAGCAGCAAGGAGACAACCCCUGCUUUCAUCAGCUACUGCAAGGCUCUGUGGCUUGGAGGAGUACAAGGUGCUGGGCAGCCGCAUUACACAGGCCUUCCUUAACCCUGCAGCGUUCUUCAGUUCCAGAGUAGCUCUACAUGUCAUCCCUCUUACCUAAGUACGUUCAAUGCUUUCACUGCUUGAUGCCUGAGUACAGCUCUGUACUUUCUAGCUGCUUUUCAGCUUUACUGCCAUGUUGUGUCCAGGACAUCACACAGAUUGUGGGCACUGGCUCCUAGACUCAGUAGGAAAGCUACUCCAGACCUAUUGUAGUUAUGGAAAGUGGAAGGGAACAGCCUUCAUGGUGCUGGUUCUUUAAAUCUACCCUGAACUUGCUCUGUACAGUUUUUUCAUACUUUUUUUUUUUUUUUUUUUUUUUUGGCAUGUGUUAGCUCAGUCAGUGCUGUAUUUACUGCAUCUUGCAGGAGCUGUCUGAUGUUUUGCUUGUUUCUAGAUACUUUACUGUAGCCUGGGAUUCAGCACAGACCUGGCACUAGCUGAGUAAUUUCUGAAAAGCUGAAUGAAAUUAAAGCAAUAUCAAAAGAUGGCUAACAUGAUUCUUCUCCAUAGGAUGGAUUCCACUAGCCAUUAUAAAUAGAGGAAGAUGUAUAACAUAAUGAAUUACAUAUAUGAAUUCAGCUUCGAGUUUCAUGAGAAAUCCAUUAACAGCUUCAGAAGAUGCCUAGAAAAAUGCUGCAGCAAAGACAGGACAUAAAAGGAAAAAAAAUUACUUCAGGGCACCUAGGCCUCUUUUGUCAGUGUUUAGUCUGUUUACCUCAAGUAUUUAAACUCUAGCUUGUAAAAAUACACAAAAAGAGAGAUACAAUGUCUUUUAUUUUUACAAAAAAAAAAAAGCUGGUAAAAGAUGAUGUAAAUAAAAAUGUAAUGCGCCUCUAAAUAAAACUACCUCUCCCCUGUAAAUACUAGUUAAAUAAUUAAGAACACCAUCUACAGUACCACAAAACCAUCAAAAUAACUCAAUUUUAUCAGGGACAGGGAAAAAAAUACAGUGAAUAUGAAUGUGCCUUGACCAGUUACAGAAUUUGUUAGGAUAACAUAACUACUGUCAGCAGUCCAACAGUGUGCACAGUGCCUUCAAUUAAUGCAUUUCAGCAUAAUUGCAUUUCUAGUGGGGCCUAGUUUCCCCAAAAAGGCAGAGCUAAGAAUUUCAAUUCUACAUUCUAAACUCUGGAAUUAGAGCCCAUUAAAAAAAAUCACAGUGGGUAAGAGAUGUAUAUAAAAAUACUGGGUGUUCUUUUCAAAUCAC